UGCCCUCUCAGGAAGACUAGAAGAGAUAAAUGAUGUGGAGGAGCUGACAGCACUGCUUCGAAGUGCCAGUGAAUAUGAAGAGAGGAAACUUAUCCGAGCUGCUAUUCGGAAAAUCCGGAAUGAUGAGAUAGAAGCUGCAACGUUGGCAGGCAUGCCAGUCAGCCGCUUCACAGACCAGCGUAAUGGCACCAUGCAGUCCAAAAGUGUGGAGGAUUUUGGAGACGAAACUCCUUCUUUGGCACAAGAGAAUGAGGACUUGGAAGAACGAAAGAUCAUCAAAGCUCAAAUCCGUGAACUCCGUACUGCUCAGAAUGGAGGCAUUCAGAAAGAACUGAACGAACCAGUUUCUGACAUAUCGCUGCUUCUCAGUACACCAUCAAGAGAGAAGUUGUUGUCAUCCUCCUCAACCUCAUCUUCCUCAGAACCUGGCAAUAUGGUACAGUCCUGUACAACAGAGCACUCCACACUCAGCACAGACUCUGAGGAAGACCCCCCACAGAGUAGCAGUAAUGAGGUUUUUAUGGAGUCUGCCACUCAGAUUAACAAUACAGAACAGGAGAACACUUCAAGGACUACAAGUGAAUUUUGGGAGCCAAGUGAAUUUCGUAAACCUGAAUCCAGCUGGAAUGACAAGAAACAGAACUUGGAAAAUAAGCUGAAAGCUGAUAAAAAUGGAUCAUAUCCAGAGAAGACGUCAAGGACAUGCACUGAGCCAGAUGAACAAGUCCCUGUUUCCCCCUUUUGUCGAGCAAACUCUGUACGAGAUAGAAUGAAGAAGUUUACAGAAGAACCAGUUGGUACAACAGCUUCACUAGGUUUCCGAUUCUCCAGUAUGAGGGGUGAGAAAACGCCAGCCAAAGGAGGAAGGGUACUGCAGCAACAGACGUUGUUUUCUGCUGGCCAGAAAAAUGGCCAAGAAAACAAUCAUAAGGCAACACAGGAAGAAAGAGUAGUAGGAAAAUCUGGACUGAGUCGCACAGUUGCAGGGCUUGGUAGCCACAGAGUGGAUCAAAGUAGCAAAACACAAGACAGUAAAAUUACAUCUGUACCUGAAAUAAAGGGCUCCAAGACUUCAUCCACAAAAGAGUAUUUGGCUCACAGCUCUGCUGGCCUCAGCACGUCCUCUGGGGAAGUGAACAGAAGACUUCCCCAAAGCCAGGGCUCAUUCAUCCAAAAGCAAGACGAUGGGAGGAGCAACUCCAACCAAUUGCAAGGAACCCAGGCCACAACAGGGGGGGACAAGAAAGUUGAAAAUACAGAUGGGACCAUUACAAAAUCAGUGGCUCAAGAGUGUGUUCAACCCUCUGCACCAUCUCUUAAAACAUUAUCCAAAGACAGUGAGAAACAAGAUACAGACAUGAAGACCCUGCUCACUAUUGAGAUAAAAAAUGGACGAAAUCAAGGGUCAACUAACAGUAGGAUUGUGGGGCAACCAGGAAACCAGAGAGCAGAGUUAACCUUAGGACUUUCAGCUUCCCCUUUCCGAGCUGGCAACAGUGUCUCAACAAACAGCAUCAAUACAAGCAACAUCAAUGCAGGCAACACAGUCCCUGCAAGUAGCAUCCAUAAAGGCAAUGCCAGCGCUGGUAAAGGCAUUAGUACGAGCAGCAUCAGUGUGGACAGUACUCUCUCUAAGGUUGAGACAGAACCGUCCCAACAGGGCAACCAGCAAGUUGAGAUAUUUCUUCCAAGCACAACUGAAAAUGUGAAAGUGGAACAUGAGAAGAAAGGCAAAGUGACAGCUGAGGAACUGCGCACUAUAGAAGAUGAAGAUGUUCUUGAUAAGAUGUUGGAUGGCACAACAGACUUUGAAGAAAGGAGGUUGAUCAGAACAGCCAUGAGGGAGCUACGACAGCGCAAGAGAGAACAAAGGGAGAAAGAGAGAGAACAACGCUUACAGGAAAUGAAGAACAAGGAAAAGGAGUCUAGGAUGGCACGGAGCACAGAGACCAGUUUACGGCAGACCGCAACUACAAAUCACGGCUCGGCUACUAGCACCAUCACUAAAACACAGAGGUUGGUGCAGUCAAAUGAUGGCAGCAAAACGUCAAGAACCACUACUGUUGAGGCCAGUUAUGUAAAACGGUCGGAGAGUGGUGGAACAGUUGUUCAGACAAAAUCUUCAUUCAGCGCUACAUCUAAGAAGGUCGGCAGUGUUUUUGAUCGAGAGGAUGAUGGUGUGGCUGCCUUGGAGAGGAGGCAAGCAGAAAGAAAAAAAGAGCUCAUGAAAGCGCAGAGUCUUCCUAAAACACCAGCCACACAAGCUCGCAAGGCCAUGAUUGAAAAACUGGAGAAAGAUAGUGGAAGUCCAGCAAAUCCAGCAUUUUCCAAAGUUGCCACCCCUCGGUCCGCAGCAUUUGGUGUUCCUAAUGCUAACAGUAUAAAACAGAUGUUGCUAGACUGGUGCAAAGCGAAAACUAGAGGUUAUGAUCAUGUGGACAUCCACAACUUUUCUUCCAGCUGGAGUGAUGGAAUGGCAUUCUGUGCCUUGGUCCAUAACUUCUUCCCUGAGGCGUUUGACUACAACCAACUCAGUCCACAAAAUCGGAGACAGAAUUUUGACCUGGCAUUCUCUGCCGCAGAGAAGCACGCUGAUUGUCCGCAGUUGCUAGAUGCCGAGGAUAUGGUCCGCAUGCGAGAACCGGACUGGAAAUGUGUUUACACGUACAUCCAGGAGUUCUACCGCUGCCUGGUGCAGAAGGGGAUGGUAAAAACCAAAAAGUCCUAGGACUUUUUUCGACAUAGACACAAUGAUACCUUGUGGACUGUGUCCCCCUGGUGGAGGUUGAGGACAUGAUGAUCAUGGGGAAGAAGCCAGACUCCAAAUGUGUUUUCACCUACGUCCAGUCCUUAUACAACCACCUGAGGCGGCAUGAAAUGCGUCUACGCAAGAAUGAAUUUUAAUACAGCCUUUUUAAUCCCCUUGAGUUCUCCUGGCACAGCACCAGCACUAUGCGGCUAACGGCACUGCAGUGGUGCACAACUUCACAGUUAACCCCAAGAUCACUAAUGGAACACUUCAUGGGGUUACAUUGUGCUUUAAUGUGUUAAAUGGAGUUAUUGACUGUACAUUUUGUCUCUGCUUUGUUCAUGCCUCCUCACUUUAGUCUGUCUUGGGCCAAGGGUUUGCAGUGUGUUGCAGUGCAAUGCAUUGUGGCUCUUUGUUGAACCUCUGCUGCUGUGCUAGUGGGAUUUUGUCACUGCCUCAAAUACUUAACCCCCUUCCCACAGAAUUAAUAUAUUUAGAUAGUAUUAUAAAAUAGCACCAGGUAAACGCUGGGCCUUUUUAACUUAUCACAGCUUCAGAACAGACCUUGAACUGUUAUUUUCCACAUUCAUUGGUUCUUAAUGCCAUAUACAUCUUGAGCACAGCUAGAAAAGCACUUAGAAACUGAACUACUUUAUCUAGAAGAUAACUAGGAAGAGUGAAAAACAGAGUUCAGUACACGACUAGACUACAGGUAUUAGGACAAAAUGAUCAGUAAUUCCCAGAUCAUGAUUUGUUCCAUCUAUGGGGCCUUCAUUGAUAGGUGAUAUAGUCAUACACCUUAUGAAUAAUCGUGCUGCGUUCUAACUAUAAAGGUGAACUAAUCCAGAAAGGACUGUACUUAAUAUAUGCAAGUAUUAAGGUCAGUGCUCUAUAUGGAUAUCGCUAUUACAUCCAGAGUAUGAAGACCACCCUACUUACACCGGUGUGCUGCUCUCUCUAUUGUAGCAAUGCUUUCCUUUCUAAAGAGUCAGAUCCCAUGUGAACAGGAUAGGUCUUCCAUCUGUGAAUAUAAAUACUGAACUCUUAUUGCUCUAUGGUAAAAAAUUGUGUACAUGAAGCCGGAAACCCCUCUUAACAAACAGUACUGUAGAUCUUCUAGUUAGUAUAUAGUUAGUGCUGAACUAGUUGUCCUAUAUCAGAAUCUCUGAAUUUCCAACACUAUUAUGGCAGAAUCAUAGUGGCAACCUCAGUGUUCUGGAAAUAUUAUUUAUUGCAAUGAAUGUUUGUUGAGCCCACCAACAUGUACCCUGGUUCUAAAUGUUUUAUUUUUUUCAUUGCAACCCUUCACUAUAUCAGGCAAAUAGUACAAUGCCAUCAUUGUUUGGGUAGUGGCUUGGUAUGUUGGAUAGAAGUCUUUGGUACAACAUAGUAAAUACAAGUAAGUGUGAUCCUGUAGUCAUCCAUAGAGCUGACUUCAUAUAUGGGGAUAACUUGUUUCCAUCAGAUUGCGAGGCUUCCUUGAAUGGAACUGCACUUUAAGAUUUGUUAUAUUACAAUAUGUUUUCUCUAUUAUAAGAGUAUGUAAGAAAUGUUUAGAUUGAGUCUGAGAUGUUGUAGUAGUGAUGGAAUCUCUUUGAUAGUCUUUAUUGAAACCAAUUUUAAUCUUCUAAGUUAGGAAUUACCUCACUGAACUGACUGAUCAGGAUCAUAUCAGAAAGCUAGAAAGAGCUUUGUUUUUAUUUUAGAUGUCUAUCGGCUCCUUUAAUGUGCUACACACAGUGUAAAUGUGCAUUGGAAAUUCAUAAACCAGGUUUUAAUAUGGUUUCUCACUUAAUAUACGCAUUUUACAUAAUUCAAUGCUGCCUGCUCUCAUAUGACAGGGCGGUGUUAAGGAGAACAGACAGCAGUGGAAGGGACAUUGGCUGUAGUCCAUGGCAUUGAAGGCUGUCCUCUUUCCAGGAGUGCCACUGUAACUUGUCUGGCUUCUAGUGAUUUACGGAUUAAGAAAUAUUGCUGCAGUCUUAUUAAACUUGUAGCUCAGAGAAUGAGAAUAGUCACAAGAUCACAACCUAAGCCUUUGCACAACCGAUUGUCUUUUUCUCAGUUGUAGUUGAAAGGCACAUGGAGCACGCACAAAUGUUUUCCAUAAAGAGCAUUGAAAUCUGUAAAUGUGUGGGGUCCACAAUGUUAUUACCUUCCCCUGACAGAAUGGCCAAUUCAGUAAAAGGCAGCUCCUGUGAUGAAUGGUUAGUUUCAAUGGUAUCCAGAACACUCUCUUAAAGGAAAGGUCCAGUCCAAAUGUCAGAUUCAUAUUGGAUCACAUGCUAAAUGUCAAAUCCCUAAAAUAUAUUGCCAUUGGGUUAGUGUUUUGCUUAGAAUAUGCCAAAUGUCCAGUUUCCUCAAUCUGAGCAGUGCCAAGGCUCUUGGUAGAACCCUUUCUUUGAAAAUCAGAUGUGGUCCAGGGAAACAGACUUCACUGAUGUGAUCAUCUUACAUAUGUCAUUGAGGGCAGAAGGGUUCAUAAUGCUAAACCCUGUGUCUUUACUGCCCAGUUUAGACAUAUUCAACACUUUCCCAUCAAGCCACUGCAAAGGAAUAUUACCCUUGGGAAUGUAACAGGAGUUGCACUUUUGCAAACAAAGGAAUGGAUAGAACAAACCCUUUAUUAGUUUAUUUUCCCUAUGCUAGGUGGUAAGGGGUUAAUACACAUGGGAAUCUUAACACUACAAAGCUGUUGUGCUUGGCUAUCAUGACACUGUGAUAACCUGUUUUUAACUGUUUGUACACUUUUAUAUUUGUAUAUUAUAUACUUUAUUGUUCAUGCAUAAAUCCGAAGACACAAGCAUGUGCAAGCAACUGCAUAUCCAAUGCUUGUCGAUAUUAGGUCACAUUAACAAUUUGUACCAUACAACUUUUUAAUGUUCCGGUUCUCUGAACUGGGUUUCAACAACCAUUCAGCUUCGAAGUCACUCCUCAUACACAGCUUGUGUACUAUCAUUUUUAUACACCAGUGUGUGCCGUCAUUUUAAUAAAUUUAUAUUAACUUAUGUCUUCUCCAGGCUCCUUAUUUCCCUACGCUCAUGUUGGCA